AUGUAAACAUUAGUAGGAGUACAACGUGUGAAGUCACCAAGUGAAAUCAACGUAAUAUGAAAUGUCACACUUUACAAACUUAAGAUGUCACUUUAUAUCAACUAUCUUAUUGUUAUCUGGAUAACAUGCAAAGCCAGUUUUAAGGAUAAACCGUGUUACUCCAAGGCUGGCAUUGGAUGUACUGUGUCUUACAGCUCUAAACAAGAUUGUGCAAGUUUAUCAGCUAAUUUUCCAGAACUCUACCAGAGAGAAGAUGGCCUUUAUCCAGACAAACCUAGUUUGUUUGAUUUGAUACCAAUUGAAGAAAAAUGGACUGACAAAUCUACAGGCAAACAUUAUAUGUAUCCUGGAGUAAAUGUUACAUUCAAAGUUCCACCAAAUGCAAGUUUCAAGUCUGUGAAAGGAUUUGAGCUGAUAGGAAGAUCAACCAAUCCAGAUGAUACUAGAUGUUUUGUUUUUUCUUUUAAUGGUUCUCAGUUGAAUGCCAGUACAAAAGAUGUUGAAAUCCAGUUUAGAAUCUGGGCAAUAAUUGUACAGAUUGAGACAUUCUUUGAUUUUGAAGUUUUUAGCCUUCCCAAGCCUCCGGAGAAUGAACUUGAUGGGAUGUCUAUAAUAAAGACUGUUACAAUGAAUAUGAGAUAUGAUUUAAGUAAACCCUCAGCAGAUUGGAUUACAACUAUAAGUUUUUAUCCUAGUAGUGUUGACAAGUUGAUAUAUAUUCGCUUUGUGGAACCUCCUGAACAGUAUAAUUUCACACAGUUUGUUGUAAAUUUGUGGAAACUUGAUCAGCAUAACAAUGAUGUGAAAAUUGUCAAAAAUGUAACAAUAUCACAGUAUGAACAUUAUUUCCAUGAUGUGCCACCAGGUCGAUAUAAAGUAAAAGUUGAACCCAAGAGUUCCUAUGCAAGUGGACAGUGUUUUUGUUUUAAUACUAAUGGUGUUUGUGUGUCAUGUGCUAGGACAACUACCAGGCCUAUCAUUAUAGAGAACUUAAACACAUUGGGUACAACCACCACUUCUACUACAACAACCACUUCUGCUAUUACAGCCACCACUAAUACUGUUACUGGUCCAGAUACCAGCUUUACAACCUAUACACCAUCACCAGUUGAUGUUGGGCCAGACUCACCCAAUGCAGAGAAGGUUGUAGCUGUUGUAUUUGGUAUAAUUCUUGGCUUAUUACUGGUAGGAAUACUAGCAUUCAUUGCCUACAGUAACAGGAGGAAAAAACAUGAUUCAGAAAAUAUUGAAACAGAUCCUUUUGAAGAUCAUGCUCCUAAAACUUCAUAUCUACCUACAGAGCCAACUUAUCAAAAUACAGAAAAUGCUUAUCACAUCUACACUGCAGAAUUGGUCAAGAUACCUACAGUUUUUAUAGUAUGCGCAGAAGAUCACCAGUAUCAUGUGAAUGCGGUUGAAGCAUUUGCACGAUUUCUAGACUCUCACUGUCAGUGUAAUGUAGUUUAUGCCCCUUGGUGCCUUCAUGAAUAUCUCGAUGGUAAAUUCAGAUGGGUCAUCAAUACAAUUGAAAAGGCAGAUUUUGUUAUUAUUGUGAAUUCUGAAUUGUCAUACCACCAAUUCAAAUCCUGGAAGAACAAGGAAGACAAAUUCUGGAAAUCACCAGAUGCAAGUCAAACUUUUGAUUUAUAUAUGUCGUCGGUCAGUCAGAUUACUAAGCGUAUUAUAAAUGUAAACAAUCAUUUCAAAUGUAUUAUUGUGCAUUUUAAUUACACAGCUAAUAAAUUCUCAUUGGAUGAAUUAUGCACAGGAGCUGAGUAUCAGAUUCCCAAACAUAUUCAUGAGUUAAUGUGUCAGAUUCAUCAGAUGGAUAAUCGUCGUGCUGGUUACGACAAUAUCGGCUACUUUGCAGAUCUUAUUGGAUCUACUUCAGAUGGGCAGCAUUUGUCCAUGUGCAUCACCUUGGCAGCAAAUUUUGAAAAACAAAAUCCUAAUUGGUUCAAUGAAUAUUUUGAAAAUGCGGAGCAAUUUGACUCUGGUAUAAGUAGUCCAUCUACUUCAUUAGGUGGAGAAACAGGUAAUAAACGAAGUUCAGAUGUAUCAUCAGAUGGUAAUGUUAAAGAUUCUCAUCAAACAUCACCACCCAAUUACAAUAUCAGGGGAUACAAUAGUAGGCAAAAUUCAUUUGAUGAUAACAAUAUAGUUGAUAACUUUUCUCGUCAAGCACUCAGAACCUCAGAUCCUUCUAGUGACGAUUUCACUUUUAAAGCUCCAAGUGACAUUGAAGAUGAAGACAUUCUCAGCCAGCAGUUGCGACAAGAAAUUUACGAUUUGAACAGAAGAGCACUAGAAUCUCAAUAUCAAAAUGAAAUUGCACCUCCAUAUCACCCAUCAAUAGUAUUCAGAGGAAUGAGUCAAGAAGAGGAAAUCCAAAGUCUUGGUGGACAGAGUGUUUAAAGCUUUAAUAAUUAUAAUUAGAAAGAGAAGAUCUAGAAAUCCAUGUUUUUAUUAUGUAUUUGUUAUCCUUUAUAUUGCUAAAUGUCAGGUCAGACAAAAAGUUGUUAAUGUUUGUUAAGUCUACCUAUUAAAGUGAAAUUAGGUCUUUCAUUAAAAGAUUAGAUAAAAAAAUCAUAUUUAAAAUCAAAAGAACCCAGAAAAUAUUUUAAAGAAUACUUUAGUUAGAGUUAUACAAAACAAAUAAUAUUCUAAUUGUUCUGAUAUUGUUGUCUCGCCUUGACGGAGUCAAAAAGCGAGACAUAGGUAUGCUGUUUUCGGCGGCGGCAUCAACAAUGUAUUAGUUUGUGAUUAGGUCUAGUUCAUGGUGAACCACUAGUGGUAGGUCAAUGAUAUUUGGUAUGCAGUUGUAUUAGCAUGGGCACAUCUCAUUACCAUGGAGAUUAUUUGGCAACGCCCCUCAGUCAAGGUCUAUUGACUUUGAAACUUUUCAUAGUUUACAUGUAUUAGUUUGUGAUUAGGUCAAUUUAUGGGGAACCACUAGUGGUAGGUCAAUGAAUUUGGUAUGCAGUUGUAUAAGCAUUGGCAUAUCUCAUUUCCAUGGAGAUUAUUUGACUCCGCCCCCUUAGUCAUGGUCUAUAGACUUUGAAAAUUUUGCUAAGUUAACAUGUAUUAGUUUGUGAUUAGGUCAGUUCAAGGGGAACCCUUAGUGGUAGGCCAAUGUUAAUUGGUGUUCAGUUGUAUAAGCAUUAGCACAUCUCAUUUCCAUGGAGAAUAUUUGGCCCCGCCCCCUCAGUCAUGGUCUAUUGACUUUGAAACUUUUGCUUAGUUUACAUGUAUUAGUUUGUGAUUAGAUCAGUUUAAGAUGAACUGCUAAUGUUAAGUCAAUGAUAUUUGGUAUGCAAAUGUAUUGGCAUUUGCAAGUCUUUUUUCCAUGGAGAUUAUAUAGCCCCACCCCUGAUCAUGGUUCAUUGACUUUGAAACUUUUACAUAGUUUACAAGUUAAUGUUAGUGUUUAGGUUUUUUUAAAGUGAAUGACUUAUAAUAAGUCAAUGGUAUUUGGUAUGCAGUUGUAUUAGCAUUGGCACAUCUCAUUCCGUGGAGAUUGUUUAGCCAUGUACCUUCAGUCAUGGUUCAUCGACUUUGAAUAUUUGCAUAACUUACAUGUUAAAGUAUUGCUAUUUUAAUUUCAACAUUUGCAUUAUCAAAAUUAAAUAAAGGCGAGACAUCUCUCUGUGAUAACAGUUUAUUAUAUUACUGUUAAAAUUUAUAUUCAAUUGCUAUGAUCAUAAUCUGACAUUCAUUGUCAUAAAUUUUCUUUUAACAACAUAAUGCAUUAUGUUUUCUUAUCUGUGCAUCUAUCUGUCUGAUAGUCUGUCAGUCUGUCUGUCCAGUACUAGGUUAAGGAUUUUGGUUUAUGUAGUUUACCUUGAAGUUGUGUUCAAAUCAACUUAAAAGUAGUACACAUGCUCAUUGUGAGAUGUGCUUUUUUUCCAAACUUUGACCAACAAAAUGCUUUUAAAAGAAACAAAUCUAUGCAUUUUGAAAAAAAACUUUUGCAAAUGACCUUAAAGGAAACUUUGACAAAUCUCGAACCAAACUUGUGAAAUCCAAAUACCAGUAUCUGUUCUACAAAUCAGACUUAAAUCCAUUUGCAGGAAUAAAACAAUGUACAGAAAAUGUACUAUCACUACUUUAGACACGACAAUCUAAGAUUUUAACACAUUAUUAUGUCAAUGCUAGGAGUACAAAUUUAAUUGUAGUUUAAUUAUUUUACACCAUUUAGAAGUGCUAUUUGUGAAAGAUGCCAUAUAUUAUUAUUCAUAUAUUAGUUAUUUUGGAAUAUGCCAUGCAUUAAGUUUACUGCUAUUUGAGAUAGCAUGGUGCUGAUGCUGUGGCAAUUGUUACCCAUCAUAUAUAUCUGUAUGUCUCAGGGCUUCCAAAAAAUAUUUGAGCCAGCCAGAACAUUUUUUUCAAUCCCAUUUUUAUCCCUUUAGACAGGUUACCCCAUAACAAAAGAUGGUCAUAACCAUAUGAUAAAGCCAUUAAACUAUUAAAGGACGAGAGUAUUAGUCAGUCGAGGACCAGCUUAGUUAUUUGAUAAACACAUUUUCCAAUACCGGAUAUUUACUUGAUGACGAUAGAACGCGGAACAGAGACGGUUGUGCAAAAUCCAUGUAUUUUUAUCUAGCAUUAUUGAGUUUAAGCAGUUCUUCCUACGUUAUUUCUUGGGGAAAAUACCUGAGAUGAAUGUAAGAUAAUGGUAUAAAUGACAUUUUUAUCGUUUUGGAUGAAUUCGAAGGCAUUAUUAAAUAAUAAAUAUCACACUUGAGCACAUGCACACACUUCUAAUAUUUCAAUCUACAUGGUUCUGUCUGUUAAACUUUUUUACCACCUUUGUAAAUUAUGAUUUGAUCGUUUUAAAUACGUUUUUCUGAGAGUCUAAAUCUGUUUUGCUAAAAAGUAGUUAGAUUAAAAAAACCAGUAAUGUUUUAAUUUUGAUAAAAAAAUAACUUCCAAAAAGAUCGAUUGAUGUCCGGUACAAAUAGUCUACCUGACAGGUGAUCACAGGUAAAUCUCACCUGUAAGACACUUAAUUAACCUUGAUUGUAAUGAAAGGGGAUUAUAGUAGAGCUUGUUUAUAGAGUACUGUCACUUUUAUGACCGGAAAAAUGUGACUGUUAAAGGCACAAGGUCAAGUGAAAAUGGUUGAUUUUUCUUAAUUACGUGAACGUUGAAAUGGCAAACCCACAUAGGAUGUCCGUUUCAUGCUUGACCCAGUCGGACAAUGAUAAAUUUAUAUUUAAAAAAUAUGACCAUUUUGGAAGCCUUGGUAUGUCCAUAUGUGUGUCUCUCUGUCUGUCUGUCUGAUUUAGGUAGUAUACUUUGAACUUACUGUCAUAUCAUCUUGAAACUUAGUUCAAAUUUUCAUUAUGAUGUAAACUUUUUAAAUCAUAUGCCAUUUUAGGACUCUUACCUGAUUUCACGAUUCACUGACCAUGGAAAUAUAGUGUGAGUGAGGGCGCAGGUUGUUCGGCUUUUUUACAUGUAAAACAACAGAACACUUGCACUCAAACAAUAUGGACAAUUACGCUUUAAACUUUGAUACACCUGAACCAAAUUGACCGGACAUUUGCGCUUUUUACCUAUAUAAGUUUACUUGUAAUCUUAACCAGAUUUACCAAAGUCGAGGGAUGAUAAAAAUGGAAACUGUAGUCCUCGUACUAUGUCUGUGGAACUCUUCCAUCAUAGUUUCUUUGAGAUUGUUUCGAUUUAUGGAGACGGAAUUAAAUUUUUUAACCACAUGCUGUUCUUGUUGACUUUGAAGAAAGAUUCAUGGCUGUUGUAAGAAGAAAUAUUUAAUAAUUCAGACUUUCUAGGUGUCUGAUGUGAAACUUCAUAAGCAUUUAUCUCUAAUAAAAAGGAAUUAUAUGUCUUUUUCGGCAAGUAGUGAUAUCAAAAAUGUUUAAAGUGUGAUUGUUAUAUGUUACACAGUAGAUUAUUUUUAUUUCACAAAUUAAACUUAAUAGAGUUACUUGAUUUUUUCAAAUAAAAGAUAUUACUUUUUUUUCUUUUCACUUACUGAAUUAUAUGUAUAUGUAAUUUUCAAAAUUCACAUGUACUUAUUGAAAUUAAUUUUUCCCCCAAAACAGAAGAAUCCUGUGGGGUAUUGGUCAGUGAAAAGUAACACAACAACUAAAGAAAGAAAAGGACAACUUUAAGCUGUAUAUAAAUAAAUGAAUGUGCUGUUGUUUUUUUUUUAUGUUAAAUGAUUUUUAAACUUUUAACCAUGAUAACUGAAAUGUUAUGUUUAUAAAGCUCCAAUGUCCUGUAGAAAAAGCCCGAAUGUCCUAUAGAAAAAGCGCAAAUGUCCAUUAAAAAAAGCGCAAAUGUCCUAUCAAAAAGUGCCAACUUCUGCCGCCGGUGGAUGAGGCAUGGUGUCCUAUGGAAACAUAAUCAUCUUUGUUAUGUAAUAUUUUUUCUGUCUAAAAUUGCAGGACCAAAGUUGUUUUUAGAAUUCCUCUGUUACAGUAUUACAAAAUAUUUUAUCUUGUAUAUAAAAAUAUAAUCAAAUAAUCAAAUAAUCAAAAUUAAAUUUUUAGAAUAUUUUAAAAGAAUAUAUAAAUAUAAGAAGUUUUUAUGUGCCAUAUUUAUUAAAUUAUUAGUCUGUUUUAUUUUCAAAUGUUGAUUAUGUACGUACCAGUAAUUUUUUCUUGUUCAUUUAAUUAGAUUAAUUCAAAUGAUAUAAGAUCUGAUGGUAUGUAAUAUUGAAAAAAAUGUCAGGAAAUAUUUUAGAAUGUUGUUCAUGAGGGUCUGGAUGGGGUAUACAGAUGAGAAUAUAAUGGGCAAACAAAUAAAGACAAGAGAAAAAUGGGCAAAUGACUAUUGAAUAGAGAAAAAUGGCCUUAAAAAUUAAAGAAUACUUAAAUGAAUGACCCUUCCAGACCUUCUUUUAUCGGGGAUUGUCUUCAUGUGUUGAUUGUUAUGCUAGAGAAAUAACAUCUUAUGUCUGAUUACGUAAAAGGGGACUAUUUUCUAGUUUUGGACACAUACUUAUGAUUGACCAUUUAUUUAAGAUAUGUUAUUGCAUAAUUAUCCAUUCAUAUCAGUUUAUAGCAGUGUAUGAGAGGCCACCUCAGAGUUUUGAUUCAAAUAAUUUUGGAAUGUUUACAUUGUCUGAAUGUUAAAUUUUGAUGCCUUUAUAAAGAAGUAACUCUUACAGACCAAUGAUCGUAUUGAAAGCUAUGCAUCUCAGUUCCUUAUGCAAAUUUACACAAGAAAUUGAGCAGUCAAUCAAAAGUUGUUUAACACCCUUCCAAAAACAAAUGUAGUGAUCACACAUCUAGUUUUACUCUUGUCAAAAAAUUGAUUUUUUAAUGAGCCCCUGUCAAAAGUUUGUGUUAUGAUAAGCUCUUUCAUUUCUGUGUAGAUUAUUUUACUACAUGUAUUAUAUCAUUAUGAGCCUUAAAAUUAUGUACUUAGUUUAAGCAUGGAAGUAUAAUAUAAUACUUUCAUGGUUUAAGAUGAAAUUACCUAUUAAAGAGAAAGUUACAUUCCUAUGAGUUGAAUAUUUCUUUUUUUUUAUACCUAUUCUGAAACAUAAGAAUAGUUGAUAAAUUGUUUUGCUCCAAAUUAUUUCCUUACAAGCUGGGGUGUUUUAAAAAUCUUGAACAAUCAGAUAACUGUCUGUAAACGUGAAUAUUUUUGUAGGUUGUAGUUUUCUAGAUUUGAAUGCCUAAUAAUGAUACAUGGGGGUUAAAUUCGCUUACCGGUAUCAACAAUAUGUUUCCCCAUCUCAUCAAUAUUAUUGCUUUCUACUCAACCAUUCACAUGGGGGAUAUUUCUUUUGCAUUUUAUAUGAUCACAAUUUAAGUCAAAUUAAUCUGUGCACAAAAUUUUGAAUGUUUACAGUGAUCCUUUUAAAACAUAAAUAGUAAAAUAUAUGUCUUAUUUCCAUUUUUGUUGAUUUAUGAGAUUGUUUAAUUUAUCAAAAUGAAAAUAUUUAUAUCAUGUUUUAUAAUUGUACUGACAAAUUUAUAUAUUUUACUUUUGCUGAUAUUAUGAUAUAUAGAUCUUAUAUUACAGUUGCAUAUCUUGUCUUCCAUGUGGCAUAUAGUAUAUUACUUAUUCUCUUUCAUUUAAUUAUUUCUUUUAAUUUCUGUACAUUUAAAUGGCAAUGUUUAAUUUUAUUCUGUUUUUAACAUAAAUGUUUUAUUUUUUUUACUUAAUAUUUAAGGUUACUAAUUUCAAUAAUUUUACAUUAUAUAAAUUGAAUAUGUAAAUUUGUUCAUAUUUGUGGGUAAAGGCAAACCACAAAUUUAAAUAUUCACAGAAGCACAAAUUUUCUAUAGGAUUGUAUGCAGACUGUGGCAAUACCAUGAAAUCAGAAAUCCAUUUGAUGAUAGUACAUGUUUGAAAUGUAACAGGAUGAUGACUUAAUGAAAAUGAAAGGUAGAGAGAAAUGGUUUUCUAUUUGAAUUUGAAAUUGUUAGUUCUUAUUCAAAGUACUUUCUUUUCUUUUUUAAACUAUCUGAUACAGACAGAUUAAAUUCUUCAUUAAUUGAAAUUUAUUCUGGUUUUUUUUAUUGUUAUGAUUUUGAAAAUUUUAUAGAUAUAUUGACAUUUGUUUUAUGUACAUUCUAAUGAGCACAUCCAAUUAUUACAUAUCUUUAUGUCCUUAAUACUUAAAAUGUUUCAUUUUCAGAUAUAUAAAAGUUCAUAUCACAUGUAAUAAUAAGUUGGUGGAUCAUGACAUUUUGCAAUUUUUACACAUAUUGAAUAGCUAAAUUUGAUAUAAUUCACCUGUUUGUAAAUGUUUCACCAAUAAUGUUGAUAAUCACAGCUCCUUGUUUAAGGAGCACAACUUUAGAUUUUAUUAAGAAUAAAACAGUGAAUAUCUA